AUGAAUAGUCUAAACGAUUAUGAAAUUUUAGAGAAAUUAGGAUCUGGUUCUUAUGGAGAUGUAAUGCUUGCAAAAUGCAAAGCAAAUGGAUAAUUAGUAGCAAUAAAAUUAAUGGAGAAGAGAUUGUUGAUAAAGGUUUAUUAUGCAACCAUAAGCUAGGAAAAAAAACAAUAUCAAGUUUUUAUAGAAAAGGAAGUGUUAUCAAGGGUUAAACAUCCUGGUUUAAUAAAUAUGAUAAGUAGUUUCCAAAGUUCAGCAUAAAUUUAUUUAGUAUUAGAGUUUAUGGAAGGAGGAGAUUUUGCAAAUUUCCUAAAGAUUAAUAGUAAUAGAAAAUAGUGAUUCUAGGAAAUAUGUCUUAUAAUACAGUUGUAUUUUAUACUGCGGAGAUAGUGACAAUAUUAGAAUAAUUGCAUUCUAACGGAAUUGCACAUAGAGAUGUGAAAGUAAUAAAUUAUUGAUGAUUUUUAAGCCAGAAAACAUUAUGGUGGCAAAUAAUUUACAUAUAAAAAUGAUAGAUUUUGGAACAGCUAGCUUCUUUGAUGAACAUAAUUUACCAGAUAAUGUAAGAGAUAAAUUGAAUGAGUUAAGAGAAAUUAGCAAAUAAGAUGAAAGAUGUUUAGAUGAAAUAGAGUAAUAUCAAUAGAAACAUAAAGCUACAUUUGUAGGAACAGCAGAAUAUGUAUCACCUGAACUUUUGGAAGAUGAUAUUUGUGGCCCAUAAGCAGAUUUAUGGGCUUUGGGAUGCAUAAUUUAUAAAAUGUUUACAGGGACAACUCCUUUUUGUGAUUAAACAGAAUAUUUAGUGUUUUAGAAGGUUAGAUCUUGUCAUUACUCUAAAAAUAAUAAAAUCCCUUAGGAUGGGAUGGAUUUAAUAAGUAAAUUACUAGUUAGAGAUCCUUUAAGCCGUUUAGGUGGAGGAUUGCCCAGUAAAAUUGAUUUAAUAAUUUUAGAUUCUCAAAAUACAUAUAGAGAACUAAAAAGUCAUCCAUUCUUUAAGGAUAUAAAUUGGUAGUAAUUGUGGAAUCAAAAAGGACCUGAGGAUGUUUAAAUUCAUUUAAAAAAGCUAACGACUUAAGAAUUCACACAAAAAAAGUAAAGUGCCACUUUAAAACCAGAAGUGGUAAUUACUGGAUUAGUUAAUAAGAAAACAGGUUAGAGAUUAUUUAUUAUAUAUUUAGGGUGGAUGAUAUAUAAAUUAAGAAAUAUGAUAUUGUACGAUUUUGAAAUUCCUAAAUUAGAAUAUUUCGAUCCUAAUACUGGAUUAAAAAAGGUAUAAAGAAUCUGUUAUAGCUUAACGAAAGGGUUAGAUCAUUUUAGACAAAUCUGUAACAAUAGAAUUAUAAAAAGGAUAAUUUAAUAUUGAUGUGCCUACUAAAAAAAAAUAUUAUUUUAAAGUAAGAAAUUUGUUUUUAGAAAAUAAGGAAUUUGAACACCCUGCUUAAUUAUGGGUUGACAAAAUUAAGGAUAUUAUGAAGAAAAGGC